UGUCAAGGUAAAAAAAGGCGGAAAUCAUAAUCCGGUCACCUGUGUUUACAUUUUGAAUUUCACAAAUCUUAAUUAUACGUUCUUAUGACCUUAUGUAGCCAUAGGGCUUAACUUUAUCCUAGUAAUGAAAGUUACUCAAAAUAAUGCACCCGUAUGCAUUCAAAAUUUCGGAUAUUUUAUCAUAUGUUUUUACAUUUUAUGGUCGUGCAAAGAAAUAGCGCGACUUUCAAACGAUGUUGUUGUUCUGCGUAAAUCUGUACAAGACAUUUUGAUAGACGGCCAUACACCAGUUCAGAGUACAAGAGAGCAUGGUCUUAUGCAUAAAAAUGUACACAGAGUCCAAGACGAUGAUGACACAGAAAACAAAGCUUCCGACGAUCAAUAUUUUCGCCAAAAAAGAUUUGCAGAUAAAGAUAAGAAAAAAUGCAAGAAAGAAAAACGAUACCUGAGGAAAUGUCGGAAGAAGCUGCGCAAUAAGGCGAUAGUCAGUUCAAAAGAGGCAAGGUUACAAGCAGCCCAUGUGGAACUUGAUUUUCAUAUAAACACUACAAUGUCGAAAAAACUAUUAAUGGCUAUUGACAAAUGUUAUAAAGAAUUUGGUGGAUUAGUCUGUUACAACAAUAAGACUUAUGAGAGCGACGGAAGACAAUCAGAAAAGAUUCUUGGUGUACCAUGGAAACUAUCGUCACCAAAAGAGAUGUCACCACUGGAACUGACAUCUGAGCAUGGAAAAUAUAAAGUAAAAUAUGAUGGUUUAUAUAUAGUGUAUUUGAACAUACUAUUCAUCCCAACUAAUCUAGAGGAAAGAGCUGCCGUGUUCUUAGAUGACAAACAGAUAAUGACUUGUCAAGACGGUGUCUACAUGGGACAUGAACUAGAUCUACCUGAUAGCCAACAAAACUUCACAGAAAAAUCAUGUGCCACGUUAGGCAUGUUCAUUAUAAACAAGGGUCAAACAUUAUCAAUACGUAUUGAAACACAAAGUACCAAAAUAAGAAUGUGGGGAGUCGGCAAUAACUUUGGAGUCAUUUUAUUAAAUAAAAAAUGAAAUUCAAAGAUAUUAACAUGUAGUUCUGUUAUAAUAUUUUUAUUCUUUGUGCUUUCUAUCUCUUUUGCACGGUUAGUUUUUGAGACAACCCUUUUUCUUAUCUUUGACAAUUUACGAAA